ACUCGUUACUUUCGCCAAAUCGUUCCGAGUUGACUCGUUGUGUUUGGGAUAUGUCAACUUCAAAGUAAAUUCCUUCUUUUGUAAGGUCGCAAGUGUUGACGGAGGCAGCGACUGCUUUGGCGUUUGCAAGUGCACAAAAACAACACAAUGGCGGAUUUGGAUGAUUUUUUUGCUAAGAAGGACAAGAAAAAGUCCAAGGCCAAGCCCAAGUUUUUAACUGCUGAGGAGUUGGUAAAAAAUUUAGAAAAGGAGGCGGCAACGACCGCCAAGUCAAAAAAGGUGGAACCAACCAUACCUGCGCCAACAAUUGCGCCUGGUGCUGUUGAAGAGCCAACUGAAGUAGUAGAGCAGGCGCCUGAAGAAGAAUGGGAUGAUUUUGAGCAAGAACAACGUAAAGAUUAUACUGGUCUCAAAAUCGGUCAACUGACUUUGAAUGAUGAUGAAGAAGAAAGUCCCGGUGAAGGUGAAGAAGAUGAUGUGGACAGUGAUGGCAAUGUCAAUACUGAAACUAAUUUCUCGAAACGUAGUGGAGGCGGUCCUUGGAGAAAGGUUGUUCCCGCCGAAGAAGUGACUCAAAUUCCGAUGGAAAUUGAAAAACCCACAUCAAAACUUUAUAUAUCACCUGCAUUAAGAGCUGCUCAAGCUGGAGCGGCGCCUGGACCACGUCUAAAGCCUCGUAACCGUGCGGCGCCCGAUAUUACAAAUGCAGAGUACUUCCCCUCGUUGAGUGCUGCUCGCCCUGAAGAACAACGCAAGAAAAAGAAUGAACCAGCUUUCGAAGAGGUUAGACACGGAGGUAGGGUGCAGCGCAUCCAUGAACCAGUUUUGGCGCCCGUUUCCAUGGCGAAUCGAUUCCAGUCGCUGGACGAGGAUGACAGCUAGAAAGCGAUCGCCGCCAUUCAAGUGUCACUUCUAUGUGGAUUAUUUUUUUUUUUUUGCUACAUGUUUUCUAAAGAACAGGAUUUAGAAGUCCGUCUGUAUUGUAUGUAUUGUACGCUUUGUAUCUAUAUUUUUUUGUAUUUUCCUCAGAGCUGUUUAUUUUCACACUUUUUAUACUUUUUAAAAUGGAAUACGGAGUUGUGGUACCUUAUGUGCCGCCACUUUUCAUAAUUGUCCGAAAACUGCCGCUUCACAAUAGAAAUGAUAAUAUUUAAAUAAUGGUAGGGACAUAUUAGUAUCCAACAACCAAACAAUUCCCAAAAUGGUAUAAUAAGUAUAUAAGGGAAUACUAUAAAAUGAAAUAAAAUAUAAAUGAAGUCAACUGCUAACAAAAA